AUGGCAUCGAAACAUAUUCGUUUAUUAAAAGAUCUUGCUCGAAUUGAUGAAACAUUUCAGUCGAAUCGUCUUUUUUAUAUAAAGAAAAAAAUUGAUGCAACAACAAAUGAUGCUAUUCAUGAUACAGAUUUAACACAUCCGAUAUUGAUUUAUAAACCAGAACAAAGUCCUUAUGUUGGUGGAGAAUUUGAAUUUGAAAUUAGUUUACCACUUGAUUAUCCAUCAACAACACCACGUGUUAAAUUUCGUACACCUAUUUAUAGUCCAAUUGUGGAUGAAUCCGGUGCCUUAUCAUGUUUACCUAUACUUCAACGAUGGCAAACAUAUCCGAUAAAUUCCAUUCAAUUUCGUGAUAUACUUACGGAAAUUGAUUAUUAUAUAACACAUUUAGAAGAUGUUGAUGAACCUCAUCGUCCAGCUUUACUCGAUGAAUGGAAAACUGAUCCUGUUGCUUUUACAAAAGCAGCUGAACAACACACAAAAGAAUUAGCAAAACCACAAAAACGAUAA